ACGAUGUAAAUGAGUUUCUGAUGCCACACGAUCGUCGCACCGUGGCCCUCGACAUGGGUAACAAGAGCACCUACCACAUACAGUUCAUGCUCAACUCCAUUUCGGCGGAGAACGAGGUGCGCAAUGUGCCCAUCGCCUAUCGCAAGUGCCGAUACAUCGAUGAGAACAAUCUCAAGUACUAUGCAGUAGGUGUCGUGCACAUCUAUUUUGCACCUUCGUCUCCUGCUUCAUACACAAUUUUGUACUACACAUUACAGCCCUAUCAUCCCAGCCUUUGUCGCAUGGAGUGUCGCAUCAACCGAGCCCUGGCUCUGUGCCAUUGCAAACCCUUUUUCUAUGUGGCAGGUCCCAAGGAUCGCAUUUGCAGUGUCAGUCAAAUGGUGUGCCUGGCGCGUAAGAAGUGGCUSGAGCAGCCCUGCGAUUGCAUGCCCCUCUGCAAGGAGAUCAGCUUUAUUGUCACCGAGAAAGUUGAUUCAAAUGGCGGUGGUGCAGAGAACUCACAGAACUUUGACCGCAAGUUUAUCUUGAAUCAAGAGCUACCCAAGAUGGGCAUUAAGCGUCGCGUUGUCUUCAGCAUGGAUCAGCUGAUCGUGUCAUUCGGAGGGGCCAUAGGCCUCUUUCUGGGCGCCAGCUUUAUGACCAUAUACGGAUUGAGCUACCUACUGAUGUACUAUCUGGUUGUCAAAUGCAAAUAUCGACCAAAGCUCAAGCGGGACCAGAAUUCCCCUAUCAAAAUUGCCUAGACCCUGAGUUCGGGUUGGUUCAGACACUUAAAUUUGCACAAUUUUUCUGUAUUCAAGUAAAAGCACAAUUUUCUCGUUUUACCGUUUGCUACGCACGCAUUAACGGGCCUAAUGCGCAUAUGUGAGUUAAAGACAAUAAAAUAUCUUAAGACGCACUCGACAGCAAUUGCCUUGCCCAAAAGGCCUGAGUGGGGCAGCAAGAAAGGGAAGUCGGAAAAGUGCCAACGGGGCACAGAAAGCGAUUUUCACUUUUGUGACAAUGACAAAAUAUAUAAUAAUAUGAUGGACUAGCAGAUACGCAUUCAAAUUCAUGAAGUAACAUGGUUGAAAACGAGCAAAUAGAAUGGGAUAUGUUUAAAAACAUAUACAGUUCGAUCAAUUAGAGUGACAAUUAUUAUUAUCUUCAUUAUUAUCUCUUCCAUUAUCGUAUCACUAUUCUCUCUCCUAUUAUAGGCCAAAGCCAGGUUUCUCUAACACAUCUGUCUCUCGUUUCCCCAGCUUGUCAUAUCCAAUAUUUUCACAUUGCUUGGCUACAGGGUAUCAUUAUUAUAGCCGCCAUGUGUCUGACAAUGCACACUUAGCGCGUCUCUCCUGUUACACAUUUCAGCGAGUCCCAUCCAAACGCGACAAUUUGACAAACUGCCUAGCUGAGAGUUAGAUUGGAUGACUGACUGAGAGACUGACUGAAUGACAGACUCACGAAUUUGCAGUUAGCAGACGAGUCGCUUGGCAGUCAGCCGAGCGCGACGAGUGAAGAAGUUGAACAACCUCUAAAAAACAGCGCCAAUUGCUUAAAAAAAUAAUAAGAAAAACAUAAAAAUAAAAGCCAGAUUAAGCAACAAUUACAAUGUGGCAGUGCUCUGAAAAACUUUGGACUGCACUCUAAUUGAAAUUAGCCGCAUUUAAUUGC